GCCCGCAGUGACGCAGCGGUUGCUACGGCGGCAGAUUAUGUCGCGCACAUCCGGGGUGUCCGCGGCUCGCGCGCUCGCUCGCUCGUGUCGUUAACGCUCUUGUCUCCGCGGGCGAGGAGGACUGACGCGCGCGGCGAUGCGAGCGUCUCUCCAGUGAUCAUGGCCGAUGACAGCGAGUGGGUGCUGGAGAGCGUCGCGGGGUACCUGGGCAGCCCGGACUGGCUCGUCCCGCUGGCCGACUUCAUGGAGAACAAAUGCUCAGUGUUUGACGACGAGGACGAGAACAAGCUGACGUACACGGAGAUCCAUCAUCAGUACAAGCAGCUGGUGGAGCGGCUGCUGGAGAACUACAUGCAGGAGGUGGGCAUCAACGAGCAGCAGUUCCUUCACGCCUGCUCCUCCUUCAGCAAGACCAAGACCCUACAGGCGGUUUUCCAGCCGGUUCUCGCUACAGAUGAUUUUCAGAUGUUUCGCUCUUUGAUGGUCCAGAAGAACAUGGAGCUUCAGCUGCAGGCCCUGCACGUCAUCAAAGAAAGAAACGGAGGGCUGCCCGAGUGUCUGACGGACGGCGUGGACGUCGUGAGUGAACUCGAGCAGCAGGAGAUGAAGAUUCUUCAGGAGGUUCUCAAGAGGUCAAAGGAGGAGUAUGAUCUGGAGAUGGCACACAGGGUGACGGAGACGGAGACGGAGGAGCAGGCCUCCACCUCCAGCAGUCUGUCUGAGACUCCUCCGUGUGAUGCUGUGAACCCACCAACCAACACUACCAACGGUACCACAGACACUAAAGAGAUGAAGGAGCCGGAGUCUGCAGCCGUCAGGAGUUCAGCUGCAGCCCCACCGUCGUGUAAAAGUAAGUCUCUUCCUGCAGUGAAGGUCCCUGUCAAGGGUUCAGUGUCUGAGCACACGCCGAGCUCAGAGACUCAGAGAGACCCCCGAGCGGAUGAGGAGGCGUUACAGCAGCGCUCUGAAUAUCUGAAGCAGCAGAGAGAUAAACUGCAGGCUCUGAAGAGAGAUCAGACCCAGAAGAGCCCAUCUGAUGCUCCUCCUGCGGCCCCGGGGCCCAAACCCCCUGCACAGGAGAUCUCUGUGGAAGAGAAGAAGAAAUUGCAGAAAAGAAAACACCUGGCAGAGAAGCUGAAAGAAGAAGUGAUCAAGAAAUGAUCAGAGUUUAUCUGCUGGAAAACGCGGGAAAGAAAGACAUGGAUGAAUCCAGUUUUGUAUAUUGUUUAAUUUAUAUAUUUUUUUAUGUACCUGUAGGUCUGCCAAACAGAAAUUAGCCGGUGAUCUCACAUUACUCCACACUGUAAACCUCAGCAGGUUUAGAGGAGAAGACUGAACCCAAACCUCAUUGCAUGAUCACUCUCCUGGAUGCAGUGUUUGAACGUCCGUCCGUCUUCAACUCUUUCCUCGCUGAAUUAUUGUUACGCAUCUUGGGGACGCUCACGUUAUACAUAUAUUGAUAUAUGCUCAUAUUCUACUGUGUAAUUUCAUGAAGUGUGGACAGAUGUUUUAUGAAAUUACCAAAUAAAGUAUGAUUUUUAGUCAUUAGAA